AUGCUAACGGACAACAUGGCAGCCAUGUUCUACAUCAGCAAGCAGGGAAGAGCGCGCUCCUCCACCGUGUGCCAGGAGGCUAUCCAUCUGUGGAACUUCUGCGUGAAGCACGCCAUCCACCUCGAGGAUUCCCAUCUUCCGGGAGCCUGGAACGCCCUGGCAGAUCACCUCACUAGAUCUUUCUCCUCUCACCACGAGUUGUCACUUCACCCAGAGGUGACCAGAUACGUCUUCCAGAGGUUGGGGGUCUCCCCAGGCUUUACCAAAUGCAUCCUGGUGGGGCAUGACUGGGGCGGCACCAUCGCGUGGAAGUUCGCCAUGAAUCACCCCAACAUGGUGGAGAAGCUCAUUAUCAUGAAUGCCACCAACCCGGCCGUGCUUAAAGAGUACGGAGGAGGCCACCCCUGCCAGCUGCUGCGCUCCAGCUACAUAGUCAUGUUCCAGCUGCAGAGGCUGCCUGAACUGCUCUUGUCUUUGGGUGACUUCCAGCUGUUGAAGGACACUUUGGGAGGCAGGAAGGGAGGAAUCCAGAACCCUGAGCGGCGCCUGACGACACAGGAGCUGGAGGCCUACAUGUUCAGCUUCUCCAAGCCCAGAGCGCUGACGCCACCCCUCGAUUACUACAGGAACAUGCUCAGCAGGAGCUCCAUGCAGUGCAAGGACGUGCUGGUGCCCACGCUGGUGAUCUGGGGGGAGAAGGACGUGUACCUGGAGGCUGGGAUGAUCCCCCUCCUGGAGCAGUAUGUGCGCAAGCGCUGCCGCGUGCGGCGCAUCCCAGAGGCCAGCCACUUUGUCAGCGAGGACCAGCCCGACAAGGUCAAUCAGCUGAUCUGGAGCUUCCUGCGGGAGAGUGACUGA